AUGGCCAGCACUGACCUACAGAUAUCAGUCCUGAGCAAAAGACGUGUGAGUUUGGUCAUGGAUAACAGCAGUGGUCCUGUUCUUCUCCUCACCUUGCUCCUGCUGCAGAACACGAGCAGCCCCAAAGCCUCCACCCCUCCUGCUGGCUAUGGGAUGGCAGAACCUCCAGCCCCAGGAGCCGGCUCCAGCAGGAACCACUCUCUGGUAGAGUAUGGGCUGAGGCCGGGGGAAAUCGCAGCUGCCUGCGUGGCUUGGGGAGCGCUGUGGCUGAUUUCUGUCUUGGGAAAUUUCCUCGUUUGCUUAGUGAUCCACAGGAGCAGGAGGACACAGUCCACCACCAGCUACUUUGUGGUGUCCAUGGCCUGUGCAGACCUUGUGAGCAGCGUGGGGAGCGUGCCCUUCCUGCUGCUGCAGCUGAUCUCGGGGCGGUGGAUGCUGGGCAGCGGCGUGUGCCGCCUGGUCAGGUACCUGCAGUACCUCACGCCCGGGGUCCAGAUCUACGUGCUCCUCGCCAUCAGCAUGGAUCGAUGCUACACUCUCAUCCAUCCCCUGAAUUUCAGAGUUUCCAGGGAGAAAGCCAAGAGAAUGACUCUGGCCUCUUGGUUCUGUGGUGCUCUGUUUGCAUCACCAGCCUGUUUUCUCUAUGGCUCCAGCAGUGAUCACCACUGCAACUUUUUCCUCCCCAGUUCUUGGCUAGGAGCCAUCUCUGCUGUCAUCUACCUCUCAGUGCUGUUGCUUUUGAUCCCAUCACUCCUCAUUAUCCUCUUCUACCAGAAACUCUUCACCUACAUUUGGAGAAGUGACACAGCUGGCAGGAGGGCAAUGAAUCUUGUCUCAAGAAGAAAAGUGAAAACUGCCAAGAUGUUCUCCAUCUUUGUCUUGGAUUUUCUUGUGUCCUGGCUUCCUUUCUUUGUGGUACAGUUGUGGCACCCACAGGAAACGGACUACGAAAAGAGCUCCUUGCUUUUCCUGGCCAUCACCUGGUUCUCUUUCAGUUCCUCAGCCUCUAAGCCAAUCCUCUUCUACAAGUAUAAUGCAAACUUCAGAAGAGGAAUGCAAGAAAUUUGUUGCAUGUGGAAAUACCCCAGAAACAACAUCUACACCAUUACUACCAGUUCCAGGACAGCCAAAAAUAAUCACAUUGGGACUACAGAUAUACCAGCACCAGCCAACCUCCACAAAUACUCUAACUGUGAUGCUUUUAACAGAGAAGUCAAGGAGCAUGGGCUUGCCAAGCCUGAUAUUGAAAAUGCUCUGGCUUUAUAUGAAGCACUUAAACUGUACAUCAAGAUUGUCCAGGUGGAAUAA